GGGAAAGAGAUCAACGCUGACUGGCGCGUGAAGAAGGGACACAUGGCAGAUCAUAAGUGGAUCACGCGGGAAUACUGAUACUGUGUCUUGGUCUGUUCUGUUCCUUGUUUUCCAUGUGAUUUAUUCCGCUUGUCUUUUUGCAUUAUCUGAUGACGUAUUAUUUCUAUUUAUUUUUAGACACGUUGUUUUA